UAUUUUUUUUUGAAAAAUGACUCUAUAUUAUAAGACAUUAAAAUACGAAAGAACCCGAUAAAAAUGAAAACCAAAACUCAGAACGUCUCCGCUGCCCUGCUCUUCUUCUUCUUCCUCAGCUGCCACCACCUCCUCCACCAUGCUGAAGCUCAAGGUCCGACCACAGAAGGCUACACCUGCUCAGCCAACCAAACCACCUACUACCCCUGCCAGACCUACGCCUUCUACAGUGCCCUUUUCCCCGACUUCCUCGACCUCGCUGCCGUUGGCGACCUUUUCCAAGUCAGCCGCCUCAUGAUCUCCAAACCCAGCAAUAUCUCCUCCCCAACCGCCCCCCUGGUCCCCGGCCAGCCCCUCCUCGUCCCCCUCUCCUGCUCCUGCAAUUCCCCCAACUCCUCCAUCUCCAUUUCCUACGCCAAUAUCUCCUACACCAUCAAAGCCGGCGACACUUUCUACCAGGUCUCCACCCACAACUUCCAAGACCUCACCACCUACCAGUCCGUCGAACUCGUAAACCCCAAUCUGGUCGCCACCAACUUAACCAUCGGAGUCACCGCCUAUUUACCUAUCUUCUGCAAGUGCCCCAACAGAACCCAGGUCGGAAACCAAGUCAACUACCUCAUCUCGUACGUUUUCCAGCCCUCUGACAUCAUCUCAACCGUUGCUUCAUUGUUUGGGGUGCAAGCAAAUUCCAUAACUGAUUUAAACGGCGACAACAUCCAGCCUUCUGACACGAUUUUCGUGCCAGUGACUCGCCUUCCGGUACUCUCCCAACCCACUGUUGCUCCUUCUGCUCCACCCUCUGGGAAGACAGAGAGGAAAGGAGUGAUCACAGGGCUCGCAAUUGGGCUGGGAAUUACCGGGCUUUUGCUGGUUUUCGUCAUCGGGUUUUCGAUUUACAGAGACGGAUUGCUGAUGAAGAAGAUUGGCGGCGAAGGAGAUGAGGAGGAGAAUAAGGUUCUGUACAGGAGCAAGCAGGGGUCAAAGAGGUCGAAGGAAAUGGAGGUGAACUUGAUGGCGGAUGUUUCGGAUUGCUUGGACAAGUAUAGAGUGUUUGGGAUUGAAGAGUUGAGAGAGGCCACAGAUGGGUUCAGCGAUAGUAGCUUGAUUGAAGGGUCUGUGUAUAAAGGUUCCAUUAAUGGAGAUUACUAUGCCAUUAAGAAGAUGAAGUGGAACGCCUAUGAGGAGCUCAAGAUCUUACAAAAGGUAAACCAUGGCAAUUUGGUGAAGCUAGAGGGCUUCUGCAUAGACCAGGAGGAUGAUUCUUGCUAUCUAAUUUACGAGUAUGUCGAAAAUGGUUCUCUUUAUUCAUGGUUGCAUCAUAACCAGAAGGAAAAAUUGAGUUGGAAGACAAGGCUGCGAGUUGCUAUCGACGUUGCAAACGGUCUCCUAUACAUUCAUGAGCACACUAGGCCGAGGGUUGUGCACAAAGACAUCAAGAGCAGCAAUAUUCUAUUAGAUUCGAACAUGAGAGCGAAAAUAGCAAAUUUUGGGCUAGCAAAGACCGGUUGCAAUGCCAUAACGAUGCACAUUGUUGGAACUCAAGGUUACAUUGCACCCGAGUAUCUAGCUGACGGGGUGGUGUCGACGAAAAUGGAUGUUUUGUCUUUUGGGGUGGUUUUAUUAGAGCUUGUUUCGGGGAAGGAGGCAGUUGAUGAAGAUGGAAAUGUUUUGUGGGCAAGUGCUGGUAGUAUUUUGGAGGGAAAUGAGGAAGAGAAGGCAAGGAAACUCAGGGAGUGGGUGGACAGUGAACUUGUCUUGGAGUCGGUCUCAAUGGAGAGCAUAGUGAAUGUUAUGACUGUUGCCAUUGCUUGUGUGCAUAAAGAUUCUUCAAAAAGGCCAACCAUGGUGGAUAUAGUCUAUGCCUUGUGUAAGAGUGAUGAUUUGUUUUUUGACAUCUCCGAUGAUGAGCAAGAUGACCAGCGAUGAACUAAGUUUUCUUUUUCUUUUGGCUUUUAUUUCAUUUAGGAAAGACAAAGGUUAUAGUCGAAUUCUUAUUGUGAACGUGAGGGUAAGUGAUAGUUUUACUCUUUAGAGCUAUUGUCUAAGUAAUUAUUAUGUACCUGUAAAUAAUAUUAUGUAUCUGACUUCUUGAGCA